AAACGAGGGGAACGUAAUAAGGAUAAGCCGCUUUUGCGAAGAAAAUCAGAUUUGCCAGCUGAUUGUGGCACGGUUCGUGCACUCAUUGAGCACAAGAGACCAGAUGAGUUUCUAAAGACUACACCGGAUAUUAAUAAGUGUUAGAGAUGACAUUUCGUGGCAAGUUGUACUUAGCUGGCAAUGUUGAAAAAUUAUUCCGAUAGCAAACGCAGGCGUUAAACAUAAACAGAGUAUAUAAACAAAAAUAAUAUAUAAAGAAGUAUAUAGGCUUUAUAGGCUUUAUAUGUUGAAUACACACAUUGGUUUCAUAUAAUAUAUUGAACUUAAAUUUUACAAAAAGUAAAUCUACUGUUAAGUGCAGAAUAUUAACAACAAACUGUAUUACUCGUAAUAAAUUUCUUUAAAAAAUUCGAAGAAAUUAAAAAUUAUUUGCUUAUUUUAUGCUCAAAAUAAUACUUAAGUGAGCAAGUUUGUUUUUUUUUUCUUUUAAAUACUUUAUUUAGUUUAACAUAAUUUAAGUUAACAAUUGUUAAAGCAGCAUAAUAUUAUAAAAAAUUUUCUUUAAAUAUAUAACAAUUUUUUUCACGUAUAUGUAUAGAACAUAUUCUAAUCUUAUAUAUUUGAAUUAUUAUUAAAUUGAAGUCUUUAUGCAGUAUAAUUUUUAUUUGAAAGCAGAAUUAUACAAAUCGUAUAUAAGAAUAAUAUAGAAAUGAUUUAUCAACAGAAAUUUGAAAUACAGUUAACAUAGUUAAA